GCCAAAGUGGAGGUAUAAGAGGAGAUGUAGAUAUCUGACAAGUUAUCUCUCUCCCUCUCAUAGGGUCCUGCUGCAUGUAGAGGAAGCAAAGUAAAUUCAGCAGUGGGACACCACCAGAUUACGCGAGCCAGGGCAAACAUUUGACUUCCUGAGGGCUUGGACUACGGGGUCAACGAUAUCAUACCAAAGCUUGCGGAGGAUGCCCACAAGCUUGUUCUGAUGAUCGGAAGAACCAAAUUGCUCUGCGACGGACUGAAAGUCAGAGGACAAUUCGGAAGACUUCAGCCUGCGUGACAUCGGUCGGAAGGUGGACAGGAUUUUGGUUACUUAGGACAAUCAAGGCGUCGCAGCUGUACUGGCUAGCAUUGACGAUUAUGACGGGCCCUUCUUCAGCGGCCUUCUGUAGGUCUGAGAACAGGGGAGGCAGGAGAAAUCGAGAUAAGUCAGGGAGCAUACGGAUGUGGGAGACAACAUCGUUCCAUUGGAUGCUCAGCUGCUUGAACUCUUCCGCCAAGGCUCCGCCGGUGUCACCGGGAAGGGAAAGUCCAUCAAACGGCGAGCUUAAGCUGACAUGCUGAUCCAGGAUUCUCGAUGCAGUUUGAUAUGCGAGCAAUGCAGAACUAUGGUUUGUCUCUUCAGCAGCGGUAGCCCAUGACUUGGCAGCAGUAAGAUCCGCACGAGAGACUGCAUGAGAUAUGUAUGGGAGUUGCAAGAACAGGCUAAAUGAUUCAUCAAGGUCAGACGGGACGCCCCGCUGGCUGAAUCUGUCU